AUGGCUGUGUCGACCAGUUUCGCCGGAGCAAAAUUGGAGGCUCUGCUCUUGAAAUCUUCAACUGCGGCGGCGUCUACGUCGUCUUGGUCCGCAUCGCCGUCAAGGGUUUCGAGUUCUUCUCAGUUGUCAUCGUUUUGCAAGCCCAUUGGGAGUAGGAGAGCUGGGAUUCAUAAGGGAGUGAGAUGCGAGGCCACUUCUGCUUCCUCUGAAGUCUCCGUUCAGAACGGUCAGAAUGCAAUUUCAAAUGUGUCUGCCCUUGAGCAGCUCAAGACCUCUGCUGCUGAUAGAUAUACGAAGGAGAGGAGCAGCAUCGUUGUCAUUGGGCUUAGCGUUCACACUGCACCUGUUGAGAUGCGUGAAAAGCUUGCAAUUCCUGAAGCUGAAUGGCCUCGAGCCAUAGGAGAGCUGUGUGGUUUAAAUCAUAUUGAAGAAGCUGCAGUCCUUAGCACCUGUAAUAGAAUGGAGAUAUAUGUUGUAGCUUUAUCUCAGCAUCGCGGUGUUAAAGAAGUUACAGAAUGGAUGUCAAAGACAAGUGGAAUUCCUGUUUCAGAGAUUUGCCAGCACCGCUUUUUACUUUAUAACAAAGACGCUACACAGCAUAUCUUUGAGGUGUCAGCAGGUCUUGACUCUCUUGUUCUUGGAGAAGGUCAAAUCCUUGCACAGGUUAAACAAGUUGUGAAAGUUGGGCAAGGAGUUGUUGGCUUUGGCAGGAAUAUUAGCGGGCUGUUCAAGCAUGCAAUCACUGUGGGAAAAAGAGUUAGAACUGAGACAAACAUUGCUGCUGGGGCAGUUUCUGUAAGCUCUGCUGCUGUUGAACUGGCUUUAAUGAAGCUUCCAGAGCCCUCACAUGCUACUGCCCGAAUGUUGGUGAUUGGAGCAGGCAAGAUGGGGAAGCUUGUAAUCAAACACUUGGUUGCAAAAGGUUGUACGAAGAUGGUGGUUGUGAAUAGAACUGAGGAAAGAGUUGCAGCAAUCCGUGAGGAGAUGAAGGGUGUUGAGAUAAUCUACAAACCCCUCACAGAAAUGCCAACAUGUGCUGCCGAAGCAGAUGUUGUGUUUACAAGCACAGCUUCAGAGAACCCCUUAUUUUUGAAAGAGCAUGUUAAGGACCUUCCUCCUGUUGGUCAAGAAAUUGGGGGUUUAAGGCUUUUUGUUGAUAUCUCUGUACCUCGGAAUGUGGGUUCAUGUGUUGCAGAUGUUGAAACUGCACGAGUUUAUAAUGUUGAUGACCUUAAAGAAGUAGUGGCUGCUAAUAAGGAGGAUCGUCUCAGGAAAGCUAUGGAAGCUCAGGCAAUUAUUGCUGAAGAAUCUAAGCAAUUUGAAGCAUGGAGGGAUUCAUUGGAGACUGUUCCUACCAUCAAGAAAUUGAGAGCAUAUGCUGAAAGAAUCAGAGCUGCAGAGCUAGAGAAAUGCUUGUCAAAGAUGGGUGAUGAUAUCCCGAAGAAAACAAGGAGAGCCGUAGAUGAUCUUAGCCGAGGCAUUGUGAACAAGCUCCUUCAUGGUCCUAUGCAACAUUUGAGAUGUGAUGGGAGUGACAGCCGGACUCUCAGUGAAACCCUCGAGAAUAUGCAUGCCCUUAACAGGAUGUUCAGUCUCGAGACAGAAAUAGCAGUGCUGGAGCAGAAAAUUCGAGCCAAGGUGGAACAAAAUCAGAAAUAGGCUCAUGUAACAAAAUUUUCUUUCAGAAACACUUCUAUUUUACUUCUUCAUCAUGAAUAAGAGGCAACAUCCUC